AUGUCCGGAAUCCGCGUUGCAUGGAUUGGCCUCGGCAACAUUGGCCGGGGCAUGAGCACGAACAUCGCUCAAAAGGGCCCCCAAUCCAGUCUCAUCCUCUUCAACCGCACCACAGCCCGUGCAACAGCCCACGCCGAAUCCCUGAACGGCCGCGCAAUCGUCGCCACCUCCCUCCCCGAAGCCGUGCAGAACGCCGAUGUAAUCUUCACCUGCGUCGGCGAUGACCCCGCCAUCGACGCAAUCACCAACACAAUCCUAGCCGAUCAGACCAUCGAUCUGUCUAGCAAGACCUUCGUCGACUGCUCAACCGUCCACCCAGAUACCUCUCGACGCACGGAAGCCGCGUACGCCGCGCGCGGCGCAGCCUUCGUCGCAUGCCCGGUCUUCGGCGCGCCGAACAUGGCUGACGCGGGACAAUUGAUCGUCGUACCGGCCGGCAAGCAGUCCGCUAUUGCGAAAGCGAAGCCAUUCUUCGAGGGCGUGACUGCUAGAUCGACCAUCGACCUGUCCGACGGAACAGGCGCGGACAUCGACGUCGGCAAAGCGUCCACGCUAAAGGUCCUUGGCAACACGUUUAUCCUGAAUACCGUCGGCGUGCUGGCGGAGACGGUUGUCGCGGCCGAAUCAACGGGGCUGGGCGUUGGCCCGCUGAAGCAGUGGCUGGAUCUGUUUGCUCCGGGGCCGUUUGCGAAGUAUGCGGACCGGAUGAUUAGUGGGGACUAUUAUCAGCGGGAGGAGCCGCUUUUUGCGGAUGUUAAGGCGGAGAGGGGGGAGAAGGGGGAUAUUGCGGGUGUUUAUGGGGCGGCUAGGAAGGCUGCUGGGAUGAAGUUUGAGAAUCAGGAUGAUAAGUAA